AUGGCUAAGAUGUCCAAUAUUUCAAGGGAUUUGGUGGAGGAGAUUCUCUCUAGGGUUCCGGCGACAUCUCUGAGAAAAUUCCGAUCUACUUGCAAAAUGUGGAACUCUAUAUCCAAAGAUGGGACCUUUACAAAGAAUCACCUUGCUCAAUCAGCAGAAGCAGGGGAAGGGGAGAUUUUAGCAAUCGUUUUGAAUAAUUCUAGUCUUCAUUUGAUGAGCGUCAAUCUCAACUACUCUGAUCCAUCUAUAACUCCUAGAGGUAACCUUACUAGCCUAAACGAUUCGGAGAAACAAAUAGAGGUCACUCAAGUUUAUCACUGCGAGGGUUUAUUGCUAUGCGUGACGGAAGACUACACUAAGCUCGUGGUUUGGAACCCUUAUUCGGGUCAAACUCGGUGGAUCUCCGUCGAACCUAAUUCCGUUGACCACAGUAAGUUUUGGUAUGCUCAUGCUCUCGGAUACGACAAGAGCACACAAAAAAUCCUGAGAUUUGCUCAUCCUCCCUCGGAGAGAUGUGUGCACGAGAUCUACCAUGUAAACUCUGAUUCAUGGAGGGUUCUUGAUGAUGUCACUCCAGACUGGAAUCUUGAUUUGGAGUACGAUAAAUAUGCCCUGUCUUUGAAGGGAAAUGCCUACUGCUUUGCUCAAGAUAAGGAAGCUGGAGGAAACGUCCCUGGUUUCUUACUCUGUUUUGAUUUUACGACAGAGAGAUUUGCUCCGCGCCUGUCUCUGCCGUUUGAGUCUUAUCACAAAGAUGCCGUGACUCUAUCUACUGUCAGAGAAGAGCAGCUUGCCGUCUUGUUUCAGAACUUGGAUACAUAUGAGAUGGAUGUUUGGGUUACGACCAAGAUUGAGCCCAAUGCGGCGUCCUGGAGCAAGUUCUUGUCUGUGGAUAUGUCACCACUCACUUGGUUUCAGUUCUUUAGUGGUGGGAGUUUCAUCACCGACGAGGAGAAGAGAGCCGUGAUUGUUUUUGAUGAAGAUCAUAACUAUCCAGAAACCAGUUUCAACACAGUUUACUUCAUUGGAGAAAAUGGUUACUUCAGAGAUGUUGAUUUCCGAAAAGUUACAAGAGGCAGAAAUGUUUUCCCGCACGCCUUCUCUUAUGUUCCAAGCUCAGCGGAGAUCUCAACUAAUGAGAACCAGAUCUACUAA